UAAUGGACGGGAAGUUUGUUCAACCACAACUGCGACCUCGGUAGCUUUGCUAGGCGACGUAGCAGGAACAUUUGAGCUCUUUAUACGCUUUCGGUGUUUAUUCGCCACUCUGUUUUAAACACAUUUCUGUCGUAUCUACUAGUUACCCCUUUUAAUAUCAUACGUACGUCAGCUUGCUGUCUGGUUAAGGUAGCAGUAGGCUAAUCGCAAAUGCUAACUAGCUAACAUCCCCGACCAUGAGUUCAAAAAGCUACCACAACUCCGCUGAAGAGGAGGACUGCUGGACGGAGAGAGAAGCUCUCGUGAAAGAGGAGAAGGAAGAAGAGGCUGUCACAGUUAAACAAGAAGUAAAGGAUGAGGCUGUUACAGUGAAAGAGGAAGACGUUUCGGUGAAAAAGGAGGAGGAAGUUAAACAAGAGGGUGCAGUUUGUACAGUGAAAGAGGAGACGACUGUCACGGUGAAAGAAGAGGAAGACGUUUUUGGAGUGAAGGAGGAGGGGGAGAUCACUGUCACACUGGAGGAGGAAGAAGAGCAGAAUGGAGAUCUGAUUAACACCACAGGUGAAAGACCAGACUCUCACAGAGGGAAAAGUCCUUCAGGGGAACCAGACCCACAGAAGACCAAACCAGCAAGACCACACCACUGCUCCCAGUGUGGAAAGUGUUUUAGACACUCGGGGAACCUGAAAACGCAUGAGAUGAUACAUACAGGAGAGAAGCCAUAUCAAUGCUCCCAGUGUGGAAAGGGUUUUAGACUCUCAGGGCAUCUAAAAGUGCAUGAAAGAACACACACUGGAGAGAAGCCAUAUCUAUGCUCCCAGUGUGGAAAGGGUUUUGGACACUCGGGCAAUCUAAAACUGCAUGAAAGAACGCACACUGGGAAGAAGCCAUAUCUAUGCUCCCAUUGUGGAAAAGAAUUUUUCUCAUCUGGGGACCUGAAAAAACAUGAGAGAACGCACUUAGUAGAGAGGCCUUUCCAAUGUGACCAAUGUGGAAAGAGAUUUAUUCAGUCAGCGCAUCUGAGAGAUCAUGAGAGAAUACACCCAGGAGAACAACCAUUCCAAUGCUCCUUGUGUGGGAAAAGUUUUACCCAUUCAUGGAACCUGAAAAUGCAUGAGAUGACACACACAGGAGGGAAGCCUUUCAGCUGCUCCCAGUGUGGAAAGAGUUUUAGCCAGUUAGGGACCUUGAAAACGCAUGAAAUGACACACACAUGAGAAGGAGAGAGCCUUUCCACUGCUCCCAGUGCGGAGAGGUUUACUUGGUUAGGUAAUCUGAAAACGCAUGAGAGAACACACACAGGGGAGAAGCCCUACCACUGCUCAGACUGUGGAAAUAGAUUUACCCAGCUAGGCUACCUGAAAGCACAUGAGUGGACACACACUGUGGAAAAGUUUUACCUAGUUAGGGAACUUGAAAAUGCAUGAGAUGACACACAACAGGAGGGAGAGAGAGAUGCCUUUCCACUGCUCCCAGUGUGGAAAGAGUUUUAGAAAUGCAGGGAACCUGAAAGUGCAUGAAAGAGGACACUAUGUAGAGAAGCCUUUCCACUGCUCCCAGUGUGGAAAUACAUUUUCCCUGUCAGAGGACCUGAAGUCACAUGACAGAAUACAGGCGCUGUGUUCUGACUUUAUAUCUUUGACUUCAGAUAUUGUGUUUUGGUUUUAUGCCACAUCAUAUCCACGUAUACGAAAGCUUUUACUCAAAAACAGGGUUGCUUUUGUUUUUCUUUAAGACGUGAAUGAUAACAUCUCAAAUCAAAAUAUAUAUUUUUAAAUGUGUAUUGAUUUAUGAAGUAUAGAUUUGAAUAUUGGUAUUUAAAAAUGUAAAUUAUUAUAUAGAUGAAGUAGAAUGUACAUUUCUAGAUUCUAACCUUGAGACCUAUUGGAUAUGAUAUGAUAUAAUUUGGAUAUGACUAAAGACAUUUGAUUGGAUGCAUGAUUUGGAUAUUGCAAAGUGUAAAUGAUUAGAUCAGGAUCAAAACUGGUGGAGAAGCAAAAAUAGCAUCAAUAGGUAAGUAUACCAGUUUAAUUUGAGUACCAGGAUGUUGACAUAGGGUUUUUUUUGGGGGGGCUGCUAUGUGUGGGUCUUGGAUGGUUGGUGGCCUGGCGUUUGGGACCUUGGGCCGGUGGCCCGAGAGGUUGCUGGUUUGGGUCCCUGAUUCGACUGGGUGCGAGAUCUGUCAAUUUGCCCCUUGGCGUGGCGCUUGACCCUAGUUACUGUUGUGGGUUGCUUUGGAUGGGAUUGGCUGCUAGAUGACUGAAUGCAAUGUCAAUAUUGAGUGGCUUCGCUGCAGGUAGAUUUGUAUGAUUUUUUUUUUCAAAUUCAAUAAAAUAAAAAAAUGUAA